AUGGCUUUGGUGACCUCUGCGCAACUCAUGCGCAGAGACAAGCCAAAGAGAGAAGGCAACGUGCACCACGUGCUGCAAGCAGCGCUGCGGCAGGGACUUGUGAAAGUUUCGGCAGAUCGUCUGCUUCACGUCGAGGAGAGCUUGCGCCCAAGCUAUGAGGCCUUCCCGAAGGAUGCCCGCGGCAAUCUGCCACCUCAUCAGGUCCUACCGGCUCUGACGCGCGCUUAUUUUGCUAAGGAGCAUGGCUGGCUGGUGCGUGGCCUGGAAUCUCCAGGAGCCCCCAUCAUUUCCCCUGGCGAGUCACACGAAGACGCACACGUGGCCAUCACUGGGGGUCCGGGCGGCCUGUAUGAGGUUCAGAUCCUGAAGGACAAGGCACCGGGGCUUGCUGCGGCUUUGAGAGAUGCAGCUCUGAGUCCUGUGGCGGCCUCGGCUGGGCUCUCCCUGGGAGACAUUUCCCGCACCGUUGCUGCAUUGGAGCAGCUGCUUUUGGAGGAGUCGCUGCCCCUUCUGCGUGCAUCAUACUUCCUCGACGGCCUGGAUUCUGGUGAAGAUGCACAAGUGCCGGCAGUGGUGGAAGAAUGGCAAGCUCACGAGGCGCUUCUUUCAUAUCUUCUACUCUUUCGGCACGGGUUGCCCAGGAGUCUGACGGAUGUGGAGUCGCACCAGCGCCUGAAGCAACGUGCGAUGAAGACCGCCGACUGGUCGGCACUCAAGAAGUUUGAGGCCCAGGCUCUGAGCGAGGUCGUUUCUGGCGGAACUGGCAAGAUCGGCAAGAUCUCCUGGUCACAAGCCAGUGAAGCUGUCUCGGUCCUUGCCAUGCGCUACGGACGCUGGCAGGAGUCGGAGUGCGAAGAUAUGAAAUCAACCUUGCUGAAGAUGGAUGCAGGCGGAGGCCGUGUAAAGCUUCAGGAUUUCCAUGGGUCACCAAAACAUCCGCACUACCAGUUCACAGAGAAAGAGGACUAUCUGAGAAAGGCAGGCAUCUUGGUGGAGGAGGGAGAUGAACAGUAUGUCCUCAUUGCCAAUUACCUGCUGGGACCCUCGAACUGUAUUGCUUCUUCCGAGUACUUUGCAGUUUGCUGCUUGAACCAGUGUGAGCAGGUGGUGAGUCGUUUGGAGACGAUCUUGCAAGCUCCUGCGGCCACAGUUGGACAAAUUAUGGAUGCAGCUAGUGGUAUUCGUGGCAACAUUGGCAACAUUGGCAACUCUUCUCACGACACUCAUGAUGAUCCUCCUACUGCGGAGCUGCAGGAGAGCCUUGGAAUGCUGGUGGACAACACAGGCGCGGUCGUUCUGCAUUCGCCUGGCUUCCGCCGAUGGCUCCAUCAGGCUUUUCCGCUGGAGUGCCCACGUCCCACCGUUCAAGAAGAUGCCGCGGAGGAGGCGGAGCUUGCGGAAGCGCGGGAGUGGCUGGAGAUGGACGAGGCUGCGCGGCAGAAGUGGCAGCCGCUGGUGCUCCAUCCAUCCGAAUGCACCCGAGUUCCGGAGUGGCACGCUGAGAGAUCUGAGAGCUCGGCUGAGGAGGGCUCUGAAAAGAACGAGCCUCCCGGGCCUCCCGCAGCCAUGCUGGAGGUGAGGCACCUGGCAGACCUCAUGGCGAGGUGCUUGUGCUGUGCUCUGGCUGGCAUGGAGGCUUGGGCCCAGCUUCAUGGCGUAAAGGCCUCACCAAAGGUGGACUUUUUCUCGCCGUCGGUCCCACCAAGCCAGGGAUUCUGUGCCAGAGCACGUGAGCCCAUCUCUUCGGGCGAACUGCUGCUCGACCUUCCUCUCCAGGCCUGUUUGAGGCCGCUGCACGUCGACACUUGCCACUUUUCUGACGGCACAUUUGUGAUGGAUGAGCAGCAAAAACUUAUGCUGCAGCUGCUACAUGAGGCUUUGGUGAAUGGCGAGCGAUCUGGCUGGCUGCCGUACAUUCGCACGCUGCCGCGUACUUUUCCGACACUGCCGUUGUGGUACACGGCCGAGGAGAAGAAAUUCUUGAAAGGCACCUCGGUGGACACCCUGCUUGAAGCAGCGCAUAUUGCCAGCGACAAGGACUUGCAGGCCAUGCGCGCGUGCUGCCAGUCCGAUCUCUUGAGUAUCCUUCCAGACUCGCCCUCUCUGGAACAGUUGCGUUGGGCUGCCUCAGUUGUGGCUUCGCGCGCGUUUGACUCGUCGGCAGCUGGUGUCAUCCUUGCACCGUUUGCCGACGCAUUGAAUCAUUCCAGCGCUGCUCCUCACACACGCAUGAGGGACUGCGGCAAGCAGCUAUUGUUCCACGCGGAACGGGACAUCCCUGCCGGGGAGGAAAUCAUGAAUUGCUAUGGCUUGCAGGGCAAUACCCAAUGGCUCCUGAACGGUGGCUUCCGCGACAGCUCACGACCAUGCGAUGAUCUCUUGGUCACACCGGCGGAUGUCGUGAGUUCUGCGCUGGCACAUUUGCACUACUAUCGCCAGGAUGAGGCUGCCAGAUCAGCAGACGACGAGGAAUCUUUUCUUUGCUCACGGUUGUCCCUUCUACAGGACAGAGGACUUUGGCAUUGGCAGCGGGUCUUUCUGCCUAUCACCGGCUGA